GCGAUGCUGCAUGUGGAGCAACGGCACUCCCACCUCCGCCGCCCCCAGCUCGCCGCCUCCGACCCACGCCUUCACUCUGCACGCACGGAAUGCAGUGGAAAUGUUGAUGACUUCAAGUCCGCCCAUCUUGGAGGCUCAGGGUUCUGGCUUGGUCCCUGAUAGCUUUGAUUCGUGUUUUGCCGAGUACGCUUCUCACACCAUUCCAGUUGGAGACCUUUACUGCAACUGGACGUGGGAUUCUAUCCUAUGCUGGCCACCAACAAAAGCUGGAGACACAGCGAGACAGCGAUGCCCUCGAGACAAAGGAGGAGUGGACCCAUCAAAAUUCACAACCAAGCGGUGCAGCGUGGACGGUCGCUGGGAGGGCAAAGAGGCCGGCGACUACAGCAGUCCACAGGGAUGGACCAACUACACACCCUGCUACACACCCGAAAUGUUGCAGGUCAUCAGGGAACUGUACGCGGGCUCGGACGGCGAAGCUCAAACGAAGCUGAAUAUAGCGGAGAGAACGAGGGUGUUGGAAAUUGUUGGACUCAGCGUGUCGCUGACUGCCAUGAUUUUAUCCCUCGCCAUAUUUUGCCACUUCAGGACCUUGCGCAACAACCGAACAAAGAUUCACAAAAACUUGUUCGUGGCCAUGGUGAUCCAAGUUGUGAUCCGGUUGACCCUCUACAUCGACCAAGCCCUCACCAGGAACUCCAAAGAACUCUUCAGCAGGGCGAACCACUCAAGACAGGGCAUCGAUAACACAGCAAUUUUGUGCGAGGCUUCAUACGUUCUUCUCGAAUACGCGCGUACGGCCAUGUUCAUGUGGAUGUUCAUUGAAGGUCUCUACCUGCAUAAUAUGAUAACUGUCACCGUUUUCCAAGAAAAGUUCCACUACUGGGCAUACACACUGAUGGGCUGGGGUGUGCCAAUUGUGAUGACUACCGCGUGGGCUGUCACCACCGCUCUUUACUUCGAGACAACCAAUACCAAAUGCUGGUGGGGGUACAGCUUCACGCACUACUUCUGGAUUUUGGAAGGGCCUCGCCUCGGAGUAAUUGUGCUAAAUAUGUUAUUCCUGCUGAACAUCAUUAGGGUGCUUGUAGUGAAGUUAAGGCAGAGCCACACAAGUGAGACUGAAAAAGUCAGAAAAGCGGUGCGCGCGGCCGUCGUGCUUUUGCCUCUUCUCGGAAUCACCAACGUGCUCAACAUGGUCGAUGCACCGCUGCAGCGAUCCGCGUGGCAGUUUGCCCUUUGGUCUUACGGCACACACUUUCUCACAUCCUUCCAGGGCUUUUUCAUCGCCUUCAUUUACUGCUUCCUUAAUGGCGAGGUUCGAGCGGCCGUCAUGAAAAGCGUGUACGUGUACUUGUCGCUGCGCAGGGACAACCUGCCGCGACGCAACUCGGCCUUCUCGAGCGUCUUUGUGGGCGCCGACGCCGUCAGCGUGGAGCGGACGAGGGCCGCGUCAACGACUCCGGCCGCCGCCGCCGAACUCAAGCCUCGAGCGUGGCGCAAGUGCUGGCUCAAAAUGGCCCCUGAGGAGUGCAAGAGUAUCCCUGUCCCGAUCGAGCCGGACAAAACCUCGUCCCCUGAAACGUGUGUCUGACAUUCUCCGGAAAGCGGGCUCAACGUUUCAGGGGGCGUUCGAAAAGAGAAACUUUCUGGGGAGGUGGUCGUGCACUUUGUCCCCCACCCCUCCUCCACCCCUGGGUCACCAGAGCUCCACAUCCUCACGCAAAUUGCUAACAAAAGCAACGAAUGAUUUCUGACAAUUUUUUUUCUUACUAUUUUUGUUUAAUAUUGUGUUAAAAAAGAGACAAUGAUUUUUUCAGUUAUACCUGUUGAAAUAAGGAAGUUGCUGUUGUCAAAGUAAAUGCUGUGAAAAUGCUGAGGUACACAAAAAACUUGUCAUUCUCGGAAAAGCACUUUCUGUUGAGCUUCAUAUGUGUAAUAGGGGGUAUUAAUGUCUCUUUUAUAUGCCGUGAUUUUUUACGUAUAGGUAUGAAUGAAAGUCAAGUUUACAAAAAAACGUCUUUAACCUAAUAUAAAAUUAUAGUAAAGCUAUAUUUAUUUAUACACUCUUUGAUGAAGUCAAACUUUUGAGGGAUGCGCACCGUCACAAAAUGCCAUGAUCUCCAAUAUUGGAAAAAAAUUAAAUACUGAACGUUUGAAUGGCUGUGUAACUCAUAACUGACAAUGAGUAAAAUAGUACUUUCAGUUACAGGCAUCAGUAAAAUAGUAAAAGGAGAUAUGUACAAGAGAAAAUAUUUUAAAACCGAUUGAGUAAAACAAAAUAAAAGAAAAAGAAGCUUAUGUACAUCUUGCGUCAUACAAACUAGAAAACUUAUUACAUUGUUUUACAUUUAAAAAAAUUACUAACUAAUUAUUUGGAAAAUAAUUUAUACAAAACUUUUAUUUCUUAAAAUGUUUAAAGAAAUAAUCAAUAGUACAGUGUAUUAAGUCCAGUUAAUUGAAAGUGUAGAAUGUUAUGCAGCCUUUCAAAGACAACGUCAAGUUUACUGCAUUCUGUGAAGGCAUGCGGUUCCUUUUUUCAUACCUCUCUUAAUGGGAUUAUGCAGAAAGGUUAAUUAUAUUUAUUGCAGCUUUAAAUGUUAUUGUCAUAGCAACUGGUAAUGUUUGAACAGCCGGAAAAGGAAGUGAUUUAUUUUUGUCAUAUCGCUUGACACAUUCACAAUGCAAAAUAGAAAAUAAAUGUAUAGGCAUGAUAAUUUUAUUUAUAAUAUAUGAAGCUAUUUAGAUUUUUACUAAUGUUCAUACAAGUGACACUUCCUAGAAAUAUGGUUAUAACAAAUUACAAAUCUGACGUAUCAUAUUUUCAUACUCUGUUGGGAAAACUGUAAAUCCAAUUUUAAUGACAUUUUUUAAAUUGACGAUUUAAUGGGGGAUUUGAAUGAACGCUAUGCUGUUUGAGAAAGGUAGAGUAAAGCUUUACGCCUGUUUAACACAAAAGGUUCUACAUUUCCUCAAAACUUUUAUUGAUCGUGAAAGUCCAGCCUCUAAACUUAAACUUAUAAAUAUUAAAAUGUCGAUAGGAAAAAUUAAAACGUUUAAAUGUUGAUUCAUAUGUUUUGAAACGUCUUACGCGUGGUAGAAUAAUUUCCAAUGAUGUUGAUCUAUUGUUGCAGUUUAAUUUUCUCAAAAUGUUGUAUAUUAUCUCUGCAGUUGGAAAGUGAAAAAGCGCACACCAAUUUAAUGUAUAUAAUAAUCAUCAUGCUAUAUUUACGAGGGAAAGGAGAUUUUUUAACUUAAAUUCUUGUAAGAAUGGAAAGGUUGAAAAUAUUGUGCUGCACUAACAAGUAGUUAAGAAGCAGAUAAAAAUUAGCAAGCAGGCCUAUCUAUAAAUAUAGGGGAGGGUGCAUUGCGCUUAUAAAUUUGACACACUGCGUCAAAAAAGAAAAUAAUCAUGCGGAUAAUUGUUUGAAUAUCAGAUUUGCGAGUGUAUUAAAUCUUUCGUCGAGGGUAUGAAAAGUUCCCGUAUUUUGAUUAUCGUUGUUAAAUUUUGUAUAUAUUUGUAAAUUGUGAUUUUUUUCAGUUAAAUCAAUACCUCAUACACUUGCAUAAGCAAACUAUGUUGACAAGAAUCAAGAAUCAUAUUUGUGUUGAAGACUAUUGUACAAAAAGAGCAUAUAAUUUUUGUCUGCCUGAAUGAAAAUUAAAUGAAUUAUUUAUUCCCUCUGUCACUCUAAAAUGUGGAAGAAUAUAUUUGUGUGCCAAUUUGAAGGA